AAACAGUGUGAUUUUGGGGAUCAGGCGUGUGGAUUUUUGAAGGAUUGUGUACUUGUAACCCUCUUCUGCCAGUCAUUGGUGGAUAGAGGGAUCUGCACAUUACACAAACACCGGAGUGAUGAAAGCUGUGUAGUCUUUGCAUUGUUCUUGGAAAGUUGUGUGCCCCCUGUUACGAAUUCCCUGAGCAACUUUGGGAGUCUGCCUUUCUUUGGCCUUGUCUCCCUCCAGUUGGCCCAUAUAAAGGCUCAGCUGACACUGCACCAGCUGAAUGUGAUUACUGCCAGAAACUUCACUCCUCCUUUUACUGCUUUACCUGCACUUACCUUGCUUGAAUUGAACAAGGUUGCUAUGUCCCAUCCCAUGUACAAUCCCCGUGGGGGGCCAUUCUCCAGUGGCCAGAGGCCCAUUGCAGCGGGGCAGUAUGGUAUUGGGUCACAGUCUGGCCUGGACUUGGCAGGUGCUCACCUUGGCCCUGACUCCAUGUCUAGUACUCGCGGGGGAAUGACAGCAAAUCAGCAGAUGUCAUUUCCACCGAGUCAGCGUCAGCCGCAGGUUUCCCACAGCCUUGAUGCAUCUAUAGAUAUGAACAUUCGUGGAGCUCUUGAGGAAAUGCGUCUCGUCACCCAGAUGCUUCAACAGCCGAAAACAGUAGAUCCCCGCCUGAAGAAAGAUGUCAGAGACAAAGUGCUUUCUCCUGGAGGUGGUGGUUAUGCAGCAGCCAGUGUUUCAGGAAGGUCUGAUGAUGGGGACUGGACUGGUUACCAGGCUCCCAGCAAACUUUUUUCCUCCCCAAGUAUAGGUCAUUCCUCAAGUUCUUCACAGAGAUUUCAAUCUUCGGGUUUUGGCAGCAGUGCAGGACAGAGUGGUUUGGACAGCCAAUCUCCUUCAGAACAUCACCCUACACGUUACACUCCAGAGAGUGCCAGCAGCAUUUUAGCAAACUUUGGACUUUCAAGUGAGGACCUAGAGCUCCUUAGCCACUACCCUGAUGAUCAACUGACGCCAGACAACCUGCCAUUUAUUUUGCGAGACAUUCGCAUGCGCAAAGCCACAAGGAACAUCGCUGACUGUGAAAGAAGAUCAUCUGAUCUUCUGGUCUCUGAUGCUCGACAAGGACAAGUUAUUGAUUAUGGACAUUCUAGAAAAUAUGAUUUUCCUGAGGAGAAACCAGACAACUAUGCACAUGACCACCUUACUAAAGAAUCAGUCAAGUAUGGGAGGGAAGUCUCAAGUUCCUCCUUCGGUAAUGCUGACAAAAGUAAUCGUUCACAGCAAAACCUGGCUACUCCAGUUCUUACACAGGCUUCAAUUAUGGUUCCAAAGCUUCAGCAACCUCCAGCGAUGGCUUCAAGACCCACUCCACAAAGCCUGGAUAUCCAAGGUGCCAAGGCAAUCCCAAGAAGGCUGCCUACUUCCACAGCUGUGCCAUCGCCCAGCGGCCGUCCACCACAGAUUCUUUCCGCUGCUGCUGGUCCUCUACCUUCUAUGGUCCCGAUGAUCUCUGGAAGUUCAUUUGCAUUUGCUCCACCUCUAAUCACGACUUCAGCUGCAAAGAGGUUACCAACUCCCACCAUGAUGAAUGAUUACUCAGCUGCUAGCCCAAGAAUCUUUCCCCAUACAUGCUCUCUAUGUAACGUAGAAUGUGUCCAGACUAAGGAUUGGAUUGAACAUCAGAACACAUCCCUUCACAUUGAAAGUUGUAGACGUCUUAGAAAACAAUAUCCUGACUGGAAUGCAGAGACUAUUCCCCUUACAAGAACUCCUAGCCCCAAGCGCCACCAUGGUUCAUCCAGUCAUCGUCAGCGGUCUUGCUCCCGUUCGAGGUCACGGAGCCCUCGGAGGUACCGCCGCACACGUUCUCGAAGCCGGUCCCGGUCCCCCCACAGGAAAAGUCGUGGCUCACCCUCAUACCGGCGAAGGUCUCGCACCCCACCGCGUCGCAGGUCUCGCAGCCCACCACGCCAGCGGUCUCGCAGCCCACCGCGCCAGCGGUCUCGCAGCCCACCACACCAACGGUCAAGGUCACCAGGCUACAGCAGUAGUAGGCGCUCUCCUCCACGGAGUUCUCGACGAGUGAGUCCCCGAAGGAGCAGUCCUUCUCGCUUGCAGAGAUCAAGCAGCAGUGAAAGACUAGCGAAAAAACUUCUGGAGUCUUCAGAAUUAUCUUCAGUGACUGACAGUAGUGCUCUGAAGGCAAUGGUGGAAUCAUUGGCCCCUGCACUGUUAGCUGAGCUAGCCAAGAAGCGGAGCAGUUCCUCAUCUUCAAUGAAGAGUAGCAGCAGUAGAAGGCGAUCAUUAUCUCCUUCCUCUAAAAGGAGUGAAUCCUCCAAGUUGAGCAGCUCAUCUGCCAUGAAGACUAGUUUUUUCAAGAGUGUGAAACCUAAGAAGCUAGCCGGUCCUGGGACAUCCUGUCUGUUAAGAUUAAAGGGUAUUCCUUUUGGGACUACGCGCCAAGAGCUAGUUGCCGCUGUUGAGCCUUUUGGGGCGAUUCACACUGCCAUUCUCCUUAAAGCCAUCUCAGAGGCAUCCGUGUGUAUGGAAAGAGAGGAAGAUGCCAAAGCCUUGGUCAGCUGUAAAGACCUGAAGCUGCAUGGGAAGAUUGUUGAAAUCUGUAUGGAGAAGGAGGCCAGGGUUGAACUAAGGGUCCCUGAACAUGAGAAGAAACCGAUUGCUAAGAAAAAGGAAUCCAAACAUGGCCCAAGCAAGUUGUCACAAGCGGCAAAAGGUAAAGUUGUGCCCAAGACAGCACAAACAACUAAAGCUAAAGAUGUAUUCAAGAUGUCGGCAGCAGCUAAAGCUAAAGAUGUUCAUAAGAUGUCAGAAGCAGCUAAAGCUAAGCAUGUGCCUAAGAUCUCUCAAGUGUCUAAAGUUAAGGAGGUUCCUAAGUCACAGACGGCUAAGGGGAAACAAAAUGUCAAGGUCAAGCCUUCUACAAAAGGCCCAAGAGAAACUCCAGGGAAAAAGAUUGUAAAGAAGGAGGUCCCAUGGAGGAGGAAUAUAGUUGAGAUAACUGGUCUUCCAGAGGAUGGAAUUACUGAGGAGGAUCUCUCAAAUCUUGCUAGUCCCUAUGGUUUUAUUUCAAAACCUGUUAUUGCUAUCACCCAGUACAAGGCAUAUCUGGAAAUGCCUAAUACAAAUGCAGCUGAGACACUGGUUAAAGCAUAUGCUGAGACUCCAGCAAAACUACAGGAGAAAGAGAUAAGCAUCACAAUGAUGAACAAACCUGUUGACCUUCAUAAUACAGAAUCAGUAUUCAGAGUACUGAUGGGAAUGGACAUGUUGUCUCCCACUGAACUUGCAACGCUCCCUGAGCGUCUCCUCGCAGUCAAUAAUGUACCAUAUAAGGUUGGCGCAAUCACUGAAAUUCACAACCUUGUUAAACGUUUCGGCUCCUAUAAGCAGUCUUUGGCCCUCAAUGGAAGGAUCAUUUUUGAAAUGGAUACCACUGCUAUUGCUAGGUCGGUCUAUAGUCGGUUCCGAAAGUUUCCAUGCAUCAUACAGAAUCAUUCACUCACCUUCAGCCUUGCUAGAAUGCCCAGGGUUGCUGACCAGAUUAAAAAGAAACCUGAUGCUAAAGGGUUUAAACAGCCUGCCAAAAAUCGGAGUACAAAUGCAGUUACUCCAACUCGAGCCCCCUCAGUUACUGAGGGAAAAGCAAAAGUUGGUUUUAGUAAAAGCACUGAAAAUGUCAAAGAAACUAAAGCAAAGAUUGAGCCAAGCACUAGUGCUACAUCCACUAAUGAAAUUGCAGUGGCAAUGCAGGCCCCUGUGGGUGAAUCCAGCUUAUCUAGCAAAACAAUUCCAAGUGACUCUAAUGACUCUCAGAUGGACACCAGAGCUAAUGAAACUGUUUUAACUGAAAGCUGUGAAUCCAAAAUGGGCAUCUCUGAAAAUGAAAAUAAGGUUGACCUCCAAAUGGAAAAGACCUUGGUGAAGACCAAAGAACCAGAGUCAGGACAUAGUGAUGUGCUUCCAGUCACUGAAGAAGUUCCACUAUCUUUGGACACAACAAAGCAUGCUGAAGACUUGCCAACUGAACCAACAGAGCCUGCUGAAAACCUACAAAUGGAAACGGAGCAUGCAGAAAACCUACCAAGUGAAACAACAGAGAAUGUUGAAAAUCUACAAAUGGGAACUGAGCUUGCUGAAAACUUACCAACUGAACUAACAGAGCAUGCUGAAAACCUACAAAUGGAAACGGAACAUGCUGAAAACCUACCAAGUGGAACAACAGAGAAUACUGAAAACGUACACGUGGAAACAACUGAGCAGACUGAAAAAUCAAAAAUAGACACAAAUGAGCAAACCGAAGAUGUACCAGUUAACAUAAAUGAGCAUCCUGAAAAAUUAAAAACAGUCUUAGUUGAGCAGGCUGAAAAUGCUGCUGUGAAUACAUCAAAACAUGUGGAAGAAUCAUCAUUGGAGGGGCAUUGUACAUCACUACCAAAAGAUGCUUCAAAGGCUGUUGAACAAGUGCAAGUUGAAGACAAUAACCUAACAGAUGACUGUGUUGUUCAGCUGCCAUCAGUAGUGGAUACUAAUACAGUAGCUCUGACUGGUAGUGACAGUGAAGUAAGUACCAUGGAACCUGUUGUUUUGGAAAAUGAGCUACAGCAGACCUUCAUAAAGGAGUCCAUCCAGGAUAGUGAGGUCACACAGGGCAAUUUGAGUCCUAUAAACCAGAAUGACGUUCAACUUAAUGAUGACCUAAAGGGGCAUGAACCACUUCAAACUGAUACUCCUCUGCCAUCUUCUGAACAAAGCCAGGCUGAAAAAGCUGCAACUCUGCAAGGGUCUCUUCCCGGUGAUGACAUGACGCUGGGCUUUCCACCAGUUACACCAGAGAUCUUGAAGGCUCUCGAGGCUGCAGUCCAUCAGUGCCGUCUGCAGUCCUCCAUGAAACGUGCUGAGGAGGAAGCCACUCGAAAAACUGAGGCGGAGAAGAAUUCCGCUGAGAAAGAUGUUUCACAAGUUGACAGGAAAGUAACAAAAACUGACAAGCAAAAAACCCAAGAAAAGGGAAGAAGACCCCAGAGUUCUAGAACUACUAGAAGCCAAAGUAAAAGAGCUGAGUCACCAGAAAGGGAGCUUUCUUCCAGACAGAGAGUCAAGGCUGCUCCAAAAGAAGGGUCUCCCACCACUAGUAAUGAAGGAUCUUCAAGUUCUUCUACUGCAUCUCGCAAAACCAGGCAAGAGAGCAGCACAGUUUUAAGGCAGUCACGGGAGCGUGAGGAGGAUGGCUACAAGACCCGUAGUAGCAGCAGAAGUACACGUUCUUCAAGGAGUGAUACAAAGACAAAGAAACCUGGAAAGCCAAAAGAAGAAGAGGUGCAAGCUUUUGAGGAACCUUUUCCCUUCAACCUAGAUGAAUUUGUAACUGUGGAUGAGGUUGGAGAGGAGGCAGAGGAGCACACUUCUCCUUCCAGCUCAGCACACUCUAAAUUGGAGGAUGACCCCAAAUCUACAAUGACAAAAUCAGUACCAAAAAGGAAAUCCAGUGCUGAUGCUAGUUCGGAAAAGUUUAAGAAGCUGCCAUCUAGACCAUCUGCAGAUACUGAAGCAGAGGAUAAGAAAGCUACAGAUAUGAUGGAAAAAGAAACUAUAAACUCUGGGCCAGUCAAAGAGAAAGAGGCAGAAAAGCUGGAAAAAGUGGCAGUUAAUAAUGAUGUCCAACAAGAGACAGUUCACCAAACUGUAUGUGGUGAAAUAGAAAAGGAAGCAACAUUAACACCAGAAACACUAGAAUCUGAGGUUAAAGACAAGGAGUCUAUUACUAAGACGAAGGCAUCUUUCAUCAGUGAAGAGUCAUCAAAUAAGGAAGUCUCCAAGAUGCAUGAUCCCAGCCAAAUAGAUUCAUCUGCUUUUGAAUUAAAGCAUGAGCCCCUUCAAGUGUCUGAGCUACUGGAACAGGAGUCACCUGCAGAUUACCAACCAAAGAGGUCAGACAAUGAACUAAGAGAGACAAAGACCAAGGAACUUCCAUCCCAAGAUGUCCUGGUAACUCUUGAUGAGGUGGGUGGUGAAGAUGGAGAUUUUGCUGAUGAAGCUGAUGAGGAAGAGCUUCUGAAACGCCAGGCUGGUGAGAAUCCUGAAGCACUAUUAACUGUUGAUGAGGUGGGAGGUGAUGAAGCAGAAGCUGAGGAGGAACAUUUGAAGAAAGUACUUCAGGGCCUGGUCACUCUUGAUGAAAUUGUUGAAGAUGAGGAUGAUGCAGGCUCUUUUAACCCUGAAGCUCUUGUUACCCUGGAUGAGGCGAGAGGUGAUGAAGAAACAGAAGAAAGUGAGCAGGCUAAAAUCAAUCCUGCCAGGACUGAAGUUGAUAAAUCAACCCAGCCUGAGGUGCCUGUGGAAUCAUCUUUCCUAGUGGAGGAUGCCUGUGAUAUAGAAACACUGCGCAGAAUGAAUUUUGUGACUGUGGAUGAAGUGGGUGAGGAAGAGGAAGAAAAGCAAGAGCAGCUGGUUGAAGAGAAGGUGGAAGAGGAGAAACCUCUAACCAGGAGAGGUGGAAGGGCUAAGAAAAGAUCUCGACAGACACCAGUGAGGAAGUCUACUCGGGGGAAGAGGGGGAAGUCUAGUAACCAAGUAGAGGAACUCCCUGAGCGCAUACCUCAGGAGGAACCAGCUUCAAUCGAUAAUGUGCCCCCCUCAGUUACAAAUUCAGAAGAAAUAAGCAUCAAACUACCAGAAAACCAGAAACCAGACGAUAAACCAGAAGAAGAAAACGUGAAAGAAAUGGAAACUUCAACCUCACCAAACAUACAGACUACUGGAACAGAGGAAGAGAAGCCUAAUCUCAACAAACAGGAAGAUGAAGUCAUGGUCAAGGAGAGUAAUGCUGCUGGAGAUGCAACUGAAAACAGAGCAGCAAUAAAAGAGGAAUCUAAACGAAAGCGUGAGGAUGAGCUGAAUGAGGAGCCAAAACCUAAGAAGUCUUGCUCACAGCCCUUAAUAACUGAUGACUUCACUCUUCCCCCCUUUACCCCUGAUAACCCUAUCGGUGUGGACUUUGUGGUUCCCAAGACUGGAUUUUUCUGUAAACUCUGCUCUUUGUUUUAUGGAAAUGAGGAAACUGCAAAGAAAACCCACUGUAGUAGUUUACGGCAUUACGAAAACAUGCAGAAAUACUACGAGAAGCUCAAAGCUCAGAGUGGCAUCUCACCUCAGACAACAUCCACUCAGAAUUCAUCAUCUGAUUAGACAGAUUGAUUCUAUAUUUUACUUUUGUGUUAAUUCUGGUAAAUGGGUCCAAUAUUAUGUUGUAUGUGUAAGAUUUUUGUUUUUGUUUGUUUGCUGACAAUUUGCAUUCAUACUGAAAGCUGAUUUCAACCUCUGUUUUUCAAUAAAUUCAAUAAUUAAUUUAGAUGUUACAUGGAAAUAAACAUGUUUUAGUAAAUGGUUA